AAUCUCUUCAGAAAAUCCACUUGGAGCCAAUAUUAUCCCUGUUUCUCUUUCAGAAGACAUCAGAAAUUUACUCUGUGGAGCUCAGUGGAACUAAAGACAAGGAGAAAACAGAAAAGGGGGAUGGCAAGGAGAAGCACAGUGGCCUGAAGAACAAGCAUUGGAACUGCAAAAAGAAUCAUCAGAAAGAGGAGAUUAAGGAAGAACUUGAUCUGGAUGACCACAAACUCAGCAGUGAAGACUUGGAAAAGAAAUAUGGAACAAACAUCAUGAUGGGUCUCUCCAGUGCAAGAGCUGCAGAGCUCCUGGCUCGAGAUGGGCCCAACACCCUCAGCCCUCCUAAGGAGACCCCAGAGAUUGUCAAGUUUCUCAAGCAGAUGGUGGGGGGCUUCUCUAUCCUUCUUUGGAUUGGAGCCAUCCUGUGCUGGAUCUCAUUUUGGAUUCAGUACUCCAACAAUCCAUCCUCAUCUCUAGACAAUGUGUAUUUGGGUGCCGUGCUUGCCCUGGUUGUUAUUUUAACAGGUAUGUUUGCUUAUUACCAAGAGGCAAAAAGUACCAACAUCAUGGCCAGCUUCAGUAAAAUGAUUCCUCAGCAAGCUCUUGUCAUCCGAGAUGCAGAGAAGAAGACAAUCCCUUCAGAACAGCUGGUUGUGGGGGACAUAGUGGAGAUCAAGGGAGGAGACCAGAUUCCUGCAGACAUCCGAUUUCUGUCUUCUCAGGGAUGCAAGGUAGAUAAUUCGUCUCUCACUGGGGAAUCUGAGCCCCAGUCCCGGUCCUGUAACUUCACUCAUGACAAUCCCCUGGAAACAAAAAACAUUGGCUUCUAUUCUACAACCUGUCUGGAAGGCACAGCAACUGGCAUGGUCAUCAACACAGGUGACCGCACCAUCAUUGGACAAAUUGCCUCACUGGCUUCAGGAGUUGGAAAUGAGAAGACACCCAUUGCCACUGAGAUCGAGCAUUUUGUUCACAUUGUGGCAGGAGUGGCCGUCUCCAUUGGCAUUAUUUUCUUCAUCAUCGCAGUGUCCAUGAAGUAUCCUGUCCUGGACUCCAUCAUCUUCCUCAUUGGCAUCAUUGUAGCCAAUGUGCCUGAGGGCCUCCUGGCCACUGUCACUGUGACUCUGUCACUGACAGCAAAACGGAUGGCCAAGAAGAACUGCCUAGUGAAGAAUCUAGAGGCUGUGGAGACCCUUGGUUCUACCUCCAUCAUCUGCUCUGACAAGACUGGGACUCUGACUCAAAACAGGAUGACUGUGGCCCAUCUUUGGUUUGACAAUCAGAUCUUCACGGCUGACACAAGUGAAGAUCAUUCAAACCAAACAUUUGACCGAAGCUCUGGGACCUGGGCCUCCUUAUCCAAGAUAAUAACACUGUGUAACCGAGCUGAGUUCAAGCCAGGACAGGAAAGUGUUCCCAUCAUGAAAAAAAUUGUGGUUGGAGAUGCCUCAGAAACUGCUCUCUUAAAAUUCUCAGAGGUCAUUUUGGGUGAUGUGAUGGAAAUUAGAAAAAGAAACCCCAAAGUAGCUGAAAUCCCCUUUAACUCUACCAACAAGUUUCAGCUCUCCAUCCAUGAGACAGAUGACCCUCAUGACAAAGGCUUCCUCAUGGUAAUGAAAGGGGCUCCUGAGAGGAUCUUAGAGAAGUGCAGCACCAUCAUGAUCAACGGCCAAGAACAGCCCCUGGAUGAGAGCACAGCCAAGGCCUUCCACACAGCAUACAUGGAGCUCGGAGGCCUGGGCGAGCGUGUGCUGGGUUUCUGUCAUCUCUACCUGCCAGAAGACAAGUUUCCAGAAACCUACUCAUUUGACAUAGAUAGCAUGAACUUUCCCACUUCCAACCUCUGUUUUGUGGGGCUUUUAUCGAUGAUUGAUCCUCCUCGGUCCACUGUGCCUGAUGCAGUUACCAAAUGCCGGAGUGCUGGGAUAAAGGUUAUUAUGGUGACAGGUGAUCAUCCCAUCACAGCCAAAGCUAUUGCCAGGAGUGUAGGUAUCAUUUCAGCAAACAGUGAGACAGUGGAAGACAUUGCAAAACGCCUCAACAUUGCUGUGGAGCAAGUUAACAAAUGGGACGCUGAAGCCGCUGUGGUAACUGGCAUGGAGCUGAAGGACAUGAGCUCAGAACAACUAGAUGAGCUCCUAGCCAACCACUCAGAAAUAGUCUUUGCCCGGACAUCCCCCCAGCAGAAACUGAUUAUCGUGGAGGGUUGUCAGAGAUUGGGCGCAGUGGUUGCUGUGACAGGAGAUGGAGUUAACGACUCUCCAGCUCUAAAGAAAGCAGAUAUUGGAAUUGCCAUGGGCAUAUCAGGUUCUGAUGCAGCCAAAAAUGCAGCUGACAUGGUCUUACUGGAUGAUAACUUUGCAUCCAUAGUCACUGGGGUGGAAGAAGGUCGCCUGAUCUUUGACAACCUAAAGAAGACCAUUGCUUACACUUUGACCAAGAACAUUGCUGAGCUUUGCCCCUUUUUAAUCUACAUUAUUGUUGGGCUCCCCCUUCCCAUUGGCACUAUUACCAUCUUGUUCAUCGACUUGGGCACAGACAUUAUUCCCUCAGUUGCCUUGGCUUAUGAAAAAGCUGAAAGUGAUAUAAUGAACAGGAAGCCUCGCCACAAGAAGGAGGACAGACUGGUGAACACACCACUCGCUCUGUACUCUUACCUGCACAUUGGCCUUAUGCAGUCCCUGGGAGCUUUUGUUGUUUAUUUCACAGUCUAUGCACAGGCAGGGUUUAGACCCAGGACUCUCAUUGAUCUCCGGGUAGAAUGGGAAGAAGAUGCUGUGAAUGACUUGGAAGACAGCUAUGGACAAGAAUGGACAAGGUACCAGAGGCAGUAUCUAGAAUGGACAGGCUACACAGCCUUCUUCGUUGCCAUAAUGGUCCAGCAAAUAGCAGAUCUGAUCAUGAGGAAAACCCGGAGAAACUCUAUUUUCCAGCAAGGUCUCUUCAGAAAUAAAGUCAUCUGGGUAGGGAUUGCCUCACAGAUCAUCAUAGCAUUAAUCCUCUCCUAUGGCCUUGGGAGUGUCACAGCCCUGAAUUUCACUAUGCUCCGGGCUCAUUAUUGGUUUGUAGCUGUGCCAAAUGCUGUACUGAUUUGGGUAUAUGAUGAGGUACGAAAACUUUUCAUCAGGCUUUACCCUGGAGGUUGGUGGGAUAAAAACAUGUAUUAUUAA